AUAAACACUGUCCUCUUCUUAUCUGUAAAGUAUAAACAGAUCGAGUAGCCAUAUACUUUCACCUCUCUCUUUAAUUUCUUGUUUUCUGUAGCUUAAGCUUGAAGAUGAGAACUUCACCAUUGCUGGUCUUGUUGCUCAGUCUUGUUGGUGUGAUCCAGUACGUUGCGGGUGCAGCUGGGCACAAUGGAGCUCCUUUCCCUGAGGCCGAGGGCGGGCUGAGGGCCAGUUUUCCCAAGGGGUUUGUGUUCGGAACGGCGACGUCUGCUUAUCAAGUCGAAGGCAUGGCCAACAAGGAAGGUCGUGGACCUAGCAUUUGGGAUACCUUCGUUAAAAUCCCAGGAACUAUUGCAAAUAAUGAUACAGCAGAUGUUACAGUGGAUCAAUAUCACCGUUACAAAGAAGACAUUGAUAUCAUGAAAAACCUAAAUUUUGAUGCCUAUCGGUUCUCAAUAUCAUGGUCCAGAAUCUUCCCAGAUGGUACUGGGAAAGUGAAUUGGAAAGGAGUUGCAUACUACAAUCGGUUAAUUAACUACUUGCUUAAAAGAGGCAUUACUCCUUAUGCAAAUUUGUAUCACUAUGAUCUUCCCCUAGCACUUGAGCAAAAGUAUCUGGGAUUGUUAAGUGACAAAGUGGUGAAGGAUUUUUCGGAUUACGCGGAAUUUUGCUUCAAGACAUUUGGAGACAGAGUCAAGAACUGGUUGACAUUCAAUGAGCCUAGAGUGGUGGCUGCUCUUGGCUAUGACAAUGGAAUAAAUGCUCCGGCACGGUGCUCCAAAGCUUAUGGAAAUUGCACAGCUGGGAGUUCAGGAACUGAGCCUUACAUUGCUGCUCAUCAUUUGAUUUUGUCACAUGCAGCUGCUGUUCAGAGAUACCGCAAAAAGUAUCAGAAAAUACAAAAGGGAAAGAUUGGUAUUCUCUUGGAUUUUCUUUGGUACGAACCUCUUACCAGAUCAAAGGCCGACAGAUAUGCAGCUCAAAGGGCAAUAGACUUUCAUGUUGGAUGGUUCAUUCAUCCAAUUGUAUAUGGGGAGUAUCCGAAAACAAUGCAAAAUAUUGUUGGCAAUAGGCUGCCUAAGUUUACUAAAGAGGAGGUUAAGAUGGUGAUGGGCUCUAUGGAUUUUGUAGGCAUCAACCAGUAUACAGCUUUUUACGUGUAUGAUCCACAUCAAAACAAAACAAAACCAAAUGCCUUGGGAUACCAAAAUGACUGGAAUGCAAAAUUUGCUUAUGACAAGAAUGGAGUGCCUAUUGGUCCUAGGGCAUAUUCUUCUUGGCUCUACCAAGUACCAUGGGGUUUGUACAAGUCUAUAACGUACAUAAAAGAACAUUAUGGGAAUCCACCUGUGAUUUUGUCCGAAAACGGCAUGGAUAACCCCGGAAACCAGACUCUUCCAAAGGCAUUGCACGAUACCAAUAGGAUCAACUACUACAGAAGCUAUCUGGAGCAACUGAAGAAGGCAGUUGAUGACGGAGCCAAUGUGGUAGGCUACUUUGCUUGGUCAUUGCUCGACAACUUUGAAUGGAGAUUGGGUUACACUUCAAGGUUUGGCAUAGUCUAUGUUGACUUCACUACCCUCAAGAGAUACCCAAAGAUGUCUGCCUUCUGGUUCAAGAAACUUCUUACCAAAAAGAAGCAUUAGAUGAACUUCAUGUCAAGCUUUUGAUAGUACUGAUAAUAAGACUACGUUUGUUUUUUGCUGCUAUAUAUGAUAACAAUAACACAGCAUGCUGCUUUUCUACCCUAUUGUCCUGCUCAAUUCAUACUAAAUGAGAUUUGAAAUCCUUUUAUUAGUUAGUA